AUGCGGUAGCCAUAAAAGUGCGUUUUAGAAUGAUUACUGGUAGCCAGCGGAGAAACAGAUUAUACGGCUCCACACAACUGUUGUUUUAAUCCCCUGAGCGAGGAGAUUUAGCAAGAAAAAACACUGGCUUCAAACCCAGCAGCCAUAUUGUAUGGAAAAGCGACGGAAAGACUCCUGUUUUCAGAAAAAAGUCGUUUUCUCAGGCACAUCUGUCAAGACUUUUGGGGAGUUUAAUUUUCUGCCUUACUGGCGGUGGGUCUCUGUUGCACAGCUAGCUUGGCAGCUGGCUGAGAAAUUGGGAGAUUGGGACUAGUUUUUUUUUUUUUUUUUUUUUUUUAAACCUUUUUGCACAAUAUUGUGUUUAUUUCUUAAUUUUAAUACUGUGAAGCUAACCGCCUAAAAAUGAAGGACCGAUUGGAGCAGCUUAAAGCGGUGUGUGAUCAAGAUGAUGAUGACGUGGAGAUUGCUGUGGACAACGCAGGCUUCAUGGAUGAGUUCUUUUCGGAGAUCGAGGCAAUCAGAAACAAUAUUGAUAAAAUCGAUGAGAACGUGACAGAAGUGAAAAAGCUUUACUCUGUCAUCUUGUCUGCUCCCACAUCAGAUCAGAAAACACAGGAGGAUUUGGAGGCGAUCACCAAUGACAUAAAGAAGUUGGCCAACGGUGCAAGGAACAAACUCAAGACCAUUGAGAGAAAUCUGGAGUCGGAAGAGCAGGAGAGGGUGUCAGCUGACACGCGGAUACGUAAAUCACAGCAUGCAGUGCUGUCUAGGAAGUUUGUGGAGGUGAUGACAAAGUAUAAUGAAGCUCAGGUGGAUUUCCGGGAGAGGAGUAAAGGACGUAUUCAGAGACAGCUCGAGAUCACUGGAAAAGCAACUACGGAUGAAGAACUAGAGGAGAUGUUGGAGGGUGGUAAUGCUGCUGUGUUCACUGCAGGGAUUAUAGACUCGGGGAUCUCCAAACAAGCCCUGAAUGAGAUUGAAGCCAGACACAAAGACAUCGUCCGUCUGGAGAGUAGUAUUAAGGAGCUGCACGAUAUGUUUGUAGACAUCGCCAUGCUGGUCGAGAGCCAGGGUGGAAUGAUUGACAGGAUCGAGAGCAACAUGGACCAGUCGGUGGGCUUUGUGGAGCGCGCUGUUGCAGACACUAAAAAAGCUGCAAAGUUUCAGCAAGAGGCUCGCCGUAAACUGGUGAUAAUAAUUGUGAUUGUGGUGAUCUUGGUGAUCAUAGUGGCUCUGGCAAUUGGGUUGUCAGUGGGAUUAAAGAAAUGAUGAUGAGUUAUUUGAGUAAGAGAAGCGCUAAGGGUGAGUAAUUGAGCAAAUACCUGCUGUAUAAUGGGUGUGUGUCUGUUAGGCAUGCUUUGGGAAGGAGUUUGCACUUUGAGGCUCAGUGUGUGUGUGUGUUUUCUUACUAUCCAGAGGGCUUACUCGAGGUGUGUGUGCUUGUUUGAAGUACUUUGGGUGUGUUGUUAUUCUCCUGUUCUGGGCCUCUUGCCUCUGGUUACUGUAGUGGUGAAUUAGUCCCAGUUGGUGUUGAGUUUGUGGGUGUUUUUCAGUUGUAGGUAUCCCAUCAUCAACGCUGUUUCUGUGUAUGUUUCUCCUUCUCUGUAGAAGAUCAUCAUUAUUUCUGUGGUCUGUGCCGUGGUUCUUCUCAUUAUCCUCAUCAUCAUCCUCACCCAGACACUAUAGGGCUGAUCGCUGCCAUCAUCUCAUCAUCUGUGUAUUCAACAUCCUCACCAUUAGUCAUCAGCCUGCCUGCAGAAGGAAAAACUGAUCCUGAUCACUCCAUAUGGGCAUAAGAAUAUUAAACUGCAGAUAUUUUCAAUCGAAUAAAACACACUGAGGUCUCCCUCACUUUUGGACAAUUGAGGAUGCUCUGCUGCAAAAGAGGAAACAAGACCAAAGCUGACAUAUGAGGUACAUUGUCUAUUGUACCUCUGUGAAGGCGAAAAGGGAAUUGGGAAAUAAAACAUCACUUCAGUGUCACUAAACAUUUCACUGUUCAACAUUUGCUGCCAAAGAAUCAGCUGGGAAGCGUUUGUCAUCUGAAAGCUUUCAGAAGCACAUAAACUCCCUGAUUUUUUUUUUUUUUUUGUUUGGGAGCAUUGACAUGAUUUUAUGAUUGAAAAUCUCCCCAGUGAAUUUUCACUGCUGUGGGAUUUCUUUUUUGUUGUUGUUGUUGUUGUUGUUGUUGUUGUUAGGAUUUGGGGAGUUCCAGCACUUUAACAUUUCCAAAUGCAUAACUCAGAUAUCUGUAAUUAUCACUGGUUGUUUAAAAAAACAAAACAAAAACAAAUGUGAAGGAUUGCACUUAUGGGAACACAUUUCAUGAACUUAGAGGCGCGUGUGAUGAGCUGAAAUUUGAUCCUUUUCACAACCCAAACCAAAGCUUUUACAUGUAUAGACACAGUUACUCCUCCUGUUAAAGUGCUGUAGAAAUAUUUCAAUGCCAAAGGAUUUUUAGAGAGUCUAGUAGUAACACUAGUGGUUUGUUUCCCAUAAGUGCCAGAAUAGUCUUUUUGUAUUUAUUGUACUAUUCUAAGACAUGUUGCUUAUGUUGUCACAUACAAAUGGGCACUCUGUAAAGUAUCCUUGGCUAGUCUUGUCUUACUACUGGGAAAUGCCUUAACAGGCAUAUUUUAGGUUUUACUACUGAGUUGCCAGUUUUAGACACAGCCCUGCAGUACAUCUGAUGUUUGCGAAGGUGAUAAUGUUCAGUUUUUGUUUACACAGCCUUAGAGAUGUAAUGGUUUGACGUUUUUAAACAUCGCGGAGGCUGUAUGUGUGCUGCUCUUUACUUCAUAGGUGUGUCUAAUAUUUAGACUGUCCUCAUUAGUGAAUGUGGGGGGUGGGGACAAUAUUACAAACACCUCUUACUGUAACCAGUUCAUCCGCACCACAAAGUACGUCCUCCAAAAAGCCCAUCGAGUCUUAAUGAACAAUUUAAACUAAAAUGAACAUUAUACCUCCUUUUUUUUAUUUAAAGAAGUCAUUUUAAUGUAAAUAGAAAACUUGUAUUUUCAAAAAAAGACAAAAAAAGCAUGAUGCACAAGACGACAGGAUUUUUGCAGGGCUGUGUAUUAGAUCACAUUAGCUUUAGCAACGUGUACCUCCCUGUUGAAUUCAGUAAUGGUUGUCUGUCAUCAUUUCAUUCAUUUCAUUUCAUGUCGAGGUAAAGACAAUCUUUGGAACUGACAGUUUACCAAACCAAAGUGCACUGGUUGUCAUCCAGUGGCUUUAACAGGGUAAUUAAAGCACGUGAUUCCAGCCGUACACAAAAACAAUACCAACCAGUCAUGAGGAGAAGCCCUGACAUAAGGCAGUAGGCCGAUUUCAGUAAAACAAUGUUGCAAUUUAAGCAUGAAUUACAUUUUAAACUGUGGUUUUGUAUGAAGCACUUGAAAUUGAGAAUCCCGGAGCAUCAUCAUCAUUUAGGGGCACAAUCUAUUUUAUUUGAGCCGUUGGGACAGACUGGAACAUAAGAGAAAAUUGAAGCUUUUUUACCUGUGUAAAUGUCAAUGAUUUUAUCUGAAAUUAAAGAUUUUAUGUGUUAAAUUA